AUGGCUUCAAGGGCAUCAGAGACCAUCCUGCGGAGACAGCUCCGCGAAAUCUCCCGAAACGGCAUCCCAGGCAUCUCAGCUGGCUUGGUUGACGACAAUAUCUACAACUGGGAGGUCAUGCUCAUCGGGCCGGACGACACUCUCUACGAGGGUGGGUUCUUUAAGGCGCGUCUGACAUUUCCCGAGGACUAUCCACUGAUGCCGCCCAAGAUGAGGUUCGAGACCCCGAUGUGGCAUCCGAACGUGUACCCUGAUGGCAACGUGUGUAUCAGUAUCUUGCAUCCUCCUGGCGAGGACAAGUACGGCUACGAGGACGCUGGUGAACGAUGGCUGCCGGUGCACUCGGUCGAGACGAUCCUGCUCAGUGUGAUUGCGAUGCUCUCCUCACCAAACCCGGACUCGCCUGCUAAUAUGGACGCUGCUAAGGAGCUUCGUGAGAACUAUCCCUCGUUCAAGAAGCGGGUGCGCAAGUUGGCAAGAGACAGUGCAGAGAUGCUAUAG